AUGCUCAUCCAAAACGAAAGAACACCCGUAAAAUACGCGCCGCAAGAGGCCAAGGGCGCGUCCCUCGCCCCGGCUUCGCUGCAGCUGCAGUCCUCCGACAAGGAGAUCGAACCUUUCAACUUCACCUUCGAAGUCGUCCGCCCGACGGUUUUCCGUACCACAUACUCCUCGGCUUCCCGCCCAAUUCCUCCGUUUCCCAGCGCCCAGCGUCCGAGUUUGGACGCCGCUCCCAAAGAUGUCGAGUCCUCCUCAAGCGACAACAGCCGCGCUUUCACCACCUCCGCCGCUAAGGCUGUUGUAGAAUGGUCAAGCGCUCCCGUUGUGUCCAUUCACCUGGGCAAAGACACCUCAGGAAAGCCUCUUCACAAGGACCUGCCGUUCCGCUCCUACUCGGCUGACGGCGCCGGCGUGGCGCACUACUCUGUCUACAAGAAGGGCACCCUCCACGUCGGCCUCGGCGAGAAGGCCGCGCCAAUGGACCUCAGCGCCCGUGGCUUCACGAUCUCCGCCUCCGACACCUUUGGCUACGAUGCCUACAACACCGACCCUCUGUACAAGCACAUCCCGUUGCUCAUCAACGUCACCACCGAAGGCGCCGUCGGUCUCUUCUCGACCGCGCACUCCCGCUCCACAUGGUCUAUAGGCUCCGAGCUCGAUGGCAUGUGGGGUGCCUACAAGGUCCAUCGCCAGGCUCAUGGCGGUCUGGAGCAGUACAUCAUCGUCGGCAAGACGGUCGCUGAGGUUGUUCACUCAUACGCUGAGCUCGUUGGCUUCCCGCUGCGCGUGCCGCGUUACAUGAUGGGUUACAUCGGCGGCGGUAUGAAGUACAGUGCGAUGGACUCACCGAGGGCACACGACUGCAUCAUGGGCUUCAUCAAGAACUGCGAGAAGCACGAUAUUCCCUGCACAGCUUUCCAGAUGAGCUCCGGAUACACUGUUGCUGAGGUGGAGCCCAAAACGAGAAAUGUGUUCACAUGGAAUUACCACAGAUUCCCGGAACCGCGCGAGUUUACAAGAGAAGCCCACAAGCAUGGCGUAAGGCUGUUGGCGAACAUCAAGCCGUACGUGCUUGCGACACACCCGGAGUACAAGAGGCUUUCUGAGGCUGGUGCGUUCUUCAAGGACCCCGAGACUGGAAAGACUGCUGUCACAAGACUUUGGAGUGCUGGUGGUGGUGAGAGCGGCGAGGGAAGUCACAUCGACUUCACCAGCAAUGCCGGAUAUCAAUGGUGGUAUGACGGUGUCGUCUCCCUGAAGAAGGUCGGCAUCGACGUGAUGUGGAACGACAACAAUGAGUACACUGUCCCCGAUGACCAGUGGCAGUGUGCCCUUGAGAAGAAGGACCUGGUCCCUAUUCCUGAGGGUCUCGACCGCAAGGACGUUGGUCUCUGGGGUCGUGCUAUUCACACCGAGCUCAUGGGUAAGGCAUCCCACGAUGCUACUAUCGAGGGCAAGCCGGAAGAACGCCCUGUUGUUCUCACUCGCAGUGCUACCGCUGGAACUAUGAAGUACUGCGGCAGCUCCUGGAGUGGUGACAACGUUACAGCCUGGGAGUCCAUGAAGGGCGGCAACUCCCUUGCCCUCAACGCCAGCUUCUCCCUCCUCCACUGCUACGGUCACGACAUUGGCGGCUUCGAAGGCCCCCAGCCCACCCCCGAGCACCUCACCCGCUGGAUCCAGCUCGGCGUCCACUCCCCCCGCUUCACAAUCAACUGCUUCAAGACCUCCGAGGAAGACAACCUCAUCGGCGGCGUCAUCGAGCCCUGGAUGUACCCCACCGCGACCCCGACCAUCCGCGCCGCCGUCAAGCGCCGCUACGAGCUCGUCCCCUACACCUACUCCCACAACCUCCGCGCCCACCACACCGCCAUCCCUCCCCAGCGCUGGACCGGUUGGGGCUACGAGUCCGACCCCGAGGUCUGGACCAAGGCCAUCAAGGCCGGCGACACACAGUACUGGUUCGGUGAUGCCCUCAUCAUCGGCGGCGUCUACGAGCCCGGCGUCGACACGGCCAAGGUCUACCUCCCCAAGAAGAGCGACGGCAAGGACUUUGGUUUCCUCAACACCAACGCGCCGUACGAGCACUUCGAGGCCGGCAAGUGGCACACCGUUCUCUCGCCGUGGUACAACUCCAUCCCCGUCAUCGCCAAGAUCGGUGCCGCCAUCCCCGUCGGAAAGCCGUUGCCCACGACGUCGCAGAAGGAGGAGGACCCAGAGUUCCCUGGACAGGCCAAGGACGACUGGCGUGGAUUGGAGAUCUUCCCGCCUCCCGUGCUGAGGGGCUCUGCUGCCUCCGGCACGGUUGAGCAGGUUUCCAGUGACGACGUCAAGGGCGUCGUCUUUGAGGAUGCGUGGUUUGAGGAUGACGGUAUCAGCCGCGACGUGCCGGCGGAGUACAAGUUCACCGUUAAGUACGAGGUCGUCGACGGAGAGAGGAUCUCCGUUGAGGUUCGCGGUGCUGUUACAGAGGGUGACAAGAACGCUUGGAAGCCUCUGUGGGCUGAUGGAGGUAUCAACGUCAUCCUGCCCGUUGGUGAGGACAGGACCGUUGUCACAAAGGGGGCUGAAGCAAAGGAGCAGUCUUUGGAUGCCCGUGGACGUAGAGUGUGGAACGUGCCUGUUACCUGGGAGUAA